AUGACCGAGAACAAGCAAGAACCCAAUGGGGACUAUGACCUUGACACUCCUAUCACGUCAACAUCAGGUCUCCGCCAGGGCCUCACAUCGUAUGGCGAUGCACAUUUCUCCCUUUUCCUCCGGAAGGUGUUCAUUAAGGCACUGGGAUAUUCCGAAGAUGCACUCUCGCGCCCCAUCAUAGGCAUUAUUAACACGUUUUCUGGAUUCAACCCCUGCCACGCCAACGUACCACAGCUCAUCGAGGCCGCCAAGCGUGGUGUGCAGCUCAAUGGCGGGCUGGCAAUCGAGUUUCCAACGAUCAGCGUUCAUGAAUCAUUCUCUCAUCCAACGAGCAUGUUCCUUCGGAACCUGAUGAGUAUGGAUACCGAAGAGAUGAUCAAGGCACAGCCGUUGGAUGCAUGCAUCAUGAUUGGAGGUACGCAUAUGAUUGUCAUUGUUACGACGGGUUCUUAUUCUACAGAAUAA